AUGGCUGGUUUCCUCUCAGACCUGGUUCAAUACCGGAGGCUGUUGCUAAUGCUUGUGGUGCUGGGGAUUGGUGGAACCCACCUGUCUGGGUUCCAAAUGUCUGUCAUCAAUUACACUUCUCCGUACAUUCAGAAGUUUAUCAAUGAAACUUGGCUGGAGCGCUAUGGUUCUGUGCUGCCUCAGGAGACCCUGAUGCUGCUGUGGUCCCUCAUCGUGUCUGUGUACUGCAUGGGGGGCAUGAUAGGCUGUCUGUGCAGUGGCUAUCUGACUGCAGCAUUUGGAAAGAAGAAGAGUCUGCUGCUCAACGACGUGGUGCUGAUAACAGCAGCGCUGCUCACUGCCUCCAGCAGGAGAGCCAAGGCCUUUGAGAUGAUCCUGGCUGGGCGUUUCCUCGAGGGCAUCGCUGCUGGAAUACAUAUGAACGCCCAUGUUCAGUAUGCUGGAGAGAUCUCACCUAAGAAGCUGCGUGGAUUUAUAAACGUGACCUCCACAGUGUUUCUUGCACUAGGAAAAACUGUAGCACGAAUUCUUGGAUUAAGGGAGCUGCUGGGCAGCCAGGCACUGUGGCCCCUGCUGAUGGCCUCCUGUGGCCUCCCAGCGUUGGUCCAGCUGCUCACACUUCCCUUCUUCCCAGAGUCCCCACCCUACCUCCUCAUGCAGAAAGGAGACACGGAGGGCUGCAAAAAAGCCAUAAGGCAGCUUUGGGGUGAAGGCCAACACCAAGCAGAGAUUGAUGACAUCAUGAAAGAGAAAGCAACAAUGGAAAACACCAAGAUCUUGAGUGUCCUGGAACUAGUGAAAGAACCAGCUUUCCGUUGGCAGCUGUACAUGAUAGUUACUCUGACCACCACAAUUCAGCUCAGUGGCAUCAAUGCAAUUUAUUUUUACACUUUUGAAGUCCUCCAGGCAGCUGGCUUUGAUGAAAAAAUGGCCUCCUACAUGACCCUCUCUAUUGGGCUCUCUGAACUCCUAGCUGCUGUAGUCUGUAGCUCCAUCAUUGAGAGGCUGGGCAGGAAAGUGCUCCUAAGAGGAGGCUACUGGAUCAUGGGUUCACUGCUAGCUGCUAUCACUGUGACUCUGUCCCUGCAGGACUGGUACUUCUGGAUGCCAUACUGCAGCCUUGCUCUCAUUAUCCUGUUUACAGUUGUCUUUGCUGUUGGGCCAGGUGGUGCCACGGUUUCCACCAGGGUUGAAAUUUUCAAGCUGUCCUGCAGGCCCCCUGCCUUUGUGAUCAGCUCCGUUCUGACCUGGCUGGGGGUGUUUGUGAUCGGCACCACCUUCCCGUUCCUCGUGGAAAGACUGAAGCACUUCUGCUUCCUCAUCUUUAUGGUGGUACUUUUCACUUCAGGGAUGAUAAUCCACCUGUUCCUUCCAGAAACAAAAGGGAAAUCAAUCAUGGAAAUCACAGAAGAAUUCAAUAAGCUGAACUUUAAAAACAAGAAAAUUCCAGCAACUCCAAAUCAUGUCACAGAGGAUUACACCUUCUGCACCAGGCUUUGAUUGACCAUGAGGGGGAAUCAGGUUUUUGUAAAACAGUAUGGAAAAAAAAAGACAUUUGCCAUUUUCUGACUAGCAAGUUGCUCCAAAUGGACUGUCAGCUUUCCUAUCUGUCACUUACAAGGUUCCCAUUUUGCCAAACCAGCUUCUUUCUCAAGCACUCCACUCUG